AGCUCACACCGUUAUUCUCGGUUGUGUUUUUGAUCGCGCAUUUUCAGUAUUAAUAUUUUGAAUGAAAUUUUGAAAUGGAUCGAGUGAAGAGCUCCAUGCAGCAAGUUCCGAACCCCAUUCCAAAAGUACUGAGCCGCCGCGCUGGAGCUGCCAACAGUUUGGAAAUGGAGAGAGAAAACUUCGAGCGCACUCAGGCCGUGAGCAUCAACAAGGCGAUCAACACACAGGAGGUUGCCGUCAAGGAGAAGCACGCCAGGACCUGUAUUCUUGGCACUCACCACGAGAAGGGCGCUCACACAUUUUGGGCAGCUGUCAACCGACUGCCACUUUCCAGCAAUGCCGUGCUUUGCUGGAAAUUCUGCCACGUCUUCCACAAACUUCUGAGGGACGGCCAUCCAAACGUUAUAAAAGACUCCGUGCGAAACAAAGCAGACCUGAACGACAUGGGCAGGAUGUGGGGCCACCUGAGUGAAGGCUAUGGGAAGCUUUGCAGCAUCUACCUCAAACUGCUCAUCACCAAAAUGGAGUUUCACGUCAAAAAUCCUCGUUUCCCUGGAAACCUUCAGAUGUCAAACAGACAGCUGGAAGAGGCGGGUGAAAAUGACGUCAAUAACUUCUUCCAGUUGACAGUAGAGAUGUUCGACUACCUGGAGUGUGAGCUGAAUCUGUUUCUUGCUGUGUUCAGCUCAUUGGACAUGUCCCGCUCCGUGUCUGUGACUGCAGCCGGUCAGUGUCGUCUGGCUCCUCUUAUUCAAGUCAUUCUGGACUCCAGUCAUCUGUACGACUACACAGUCAAGCUGCUCUUCAAACUGCAUUCCUGUCUUCCAGCCGACACACUGCAGGGACACAGGGAUCGCUUCAAUGAACAGUUUAAAAAGCUGAAAAGUUUGUUCUAUCGCUCCAGUAACCUGCAGUAUUUCAAAAGGCUCAUCCAGAUUCCACAGCUUCCUGAGAAUCCACCAAACUUUCUGCGGGCCUCGGCACUGUCUGAGCACAUCAGUCCAGUGGUGGUGAUCCCUGCAGAGGCCUCAUCCCCUGAGAGCGAGCACAUGGUGGAGACCGAGGAUCUCGUAGACACAGACAUCCCACCUCUGCCGACUGCAGUGGAGAGCAGGUUUGAUGACCUCUUUGGCACCUCAGCUGCCACAGACCCCUUCAACUUCAACAGUCAGAACGGCAUGCGCAAGGACGACAAGGACCGACUCAUAGAGCAGUUGACGGCGGAGCUCCAGGCACUGAAAGAAGAGCUUGAGACCUUCAGGCUGGAGAGCGGCCGUCUGUGCCAGGCACUGCGGGGUCGCGUCAAUGAGCUGGAAGCAGAGCUGGCUGAACAGAGCCAUCUGAAACAACAGGCGCUGGGCGAAUGCGAGUUCCUGAGGGCAGAGCUGGACGACCUGCGUAGGGUCCAAGAAGAUACAGAGAAGGAGCAGCGGAGCUUGACUGAGAUUGAAAAAAAGGCCCAGGCCAAUGAGCAGCGCUACACUAAGCUAAAGGAGAAGUACACUGAGCUGGUCCAGAACCAUGCUGAUCUACUAAGGAAGAAUGCAGAGGUGACUCGGCAGAUGACUGUGGCCCGUGCAGCUCAGGAUGAGGUGGAGAACGUGAGGAAAGAGGUGGAGGAGAGGGUGAAGGCAGCUCAGGAGGUCACCAGCAAACAGGAGAAAUCCCAAACAGAGCUGCUUCACGCCCUGCAAGCUGACCUAACGACCAGCAGAACAGAACUAGAAACUCUCAAAACCACCAUGGCCUCCUCCCAAAAGUCGAGUGAGGAUCUCAGUUCUCAGCUGACUGCUCUGGAGGCCGAGAAGGCCGGGCUUGCCGGGACUGCGUCUCAGAAGGAGGCGGAACUGGCAGGCCUUGGGGAGGAAUUAGAGCGUCUGCAGAGAAGUCUAGCUACUGAGAGGGAGAGCGGCGUGAAGGCUGCGGAAGCCUUACAGAACCAGCUCAAUGAGAAGGAGAGUCGUGAGCAGGCACUGGAGAGCGAGCUCGUGGCUUUGCGCUGGGCCACAGUGAGGGCAGCUAUUGAGGAGGGAGAGAGGAUUGUCCAGGACAGCCUGGCUCAGUUGGAUGAGCCAGCACACAUCAGCUGCACCAGCUCAGCCGAUUACCUGAUUUCCAGAUGCCAGGCCACUUUAGAGUGUGUGGACAGACUGCAGUUAGCUAGGGAUCGCUUUGUAACUGAUAACGCAGACGUGGCAGAGCUGGUGAGGGCCGUGGCUCAGUUGGUCCACCUGGUGGGUGAUACCAUUGUUCAAGGCAGUGCCACCGCCCACAUGGUGCCAGUGGAACAAUCUGAUGCGCUUGCAUCGUGUGUGAAGGUUGCUGGCACUGAGGCGCUGGCACUUCUAUCUCAGCUAAAGGAACAGGACACGCUGGGCACCGCAGGCAGCAGUGGGCUCAGAGCAGCUCUGGAGAAUGUGCUGAACACAGCAGAGAAGCUGCGGCCGCGCGGUUUGGAGCUGCAGCAGGGGGAGCUGGGAGAUUUGGUGGAGCAGGAGAUGGCUGGCACCUCAGCAGCUGUUGAAUCUGCUGUGGCCCGAAUAGAGGAAAUGCUCAACAAGUCAAGAGCGGUUGACUCGGGUGUCAAAAUGGAAGUGAAUGAAAGGAUUUUGGCCUCCUGCACUGAUCUCAUGCAGGCUAUUAAAGUGCUAGUGCUGGCCUCCAAGGACCUGCAGCAUGAUAUUGUGGAGGGUGGCAGGGGUGCAGCAACUAUAAAAGAAUUCUACGUUAAGAACUCCCGCUGGACCGAAGGUCUCAUCUCAGCCUCGAAGGCGGUGGGCUGGGGUGCCACUGUGAUGGUGGAUGCAGCUGAUCUGGUGGUGCAGGGUAAAGGAAAAUUCGAGGAGCUGAUGGUGUGCUCCCACGAGAUAGCAGCCAGCACAGCACAGCUUGUAGCAGCAUCAAAGGUAAAAGCGGACAAAGACAGUCCCAACUUGGCUCGUCUACAGCAGGCAUCUAGGGGUGUCACCCAAGCAACUGCAGGCGUUGUGGCGUCAACCAAGUCGGGCAAGUCCCAAAUUGAAGAGACUAACACUAUGGAUUUCUCCAGCAUGACGCUCACACAGAUCAAGAGGAAAGAAAUGGACUCGCAGGUGCGAGUACUGGAGUUGGAGACCCAGCUUCAGAAGGAGCGUGAGCAUCUGGGCGAGCUGAGGAAGAAGCACUACGAGCUGGCCGGUGUGGCUGAAGGCUGGGGCGAGGAAUAUGAGGGAACUGGCUGAGGCUCCUAUUGAUGCAGUAGCCCAGACUGGGCUUGCUUUUGCUUUCCGGCACUCACUCUAUUCCUUCUCAUUCUCAACACCUCUCCCACCUCCCUCUUCAUCCCUUAUUCCAUCUUCUUUUCUAAAUCACAAAUGAAAAGCCAAAUCACAAGGUGCUUUUUUAACCCUUUUCCUGCCAUGCCUGUGGAGUACAGAGCCGCCCAGCAGGAGUGAAAGAGGACUUUGAUGAAAUCGGAAGCCUGGUUGGAACAUUCCCCAGUGGACAGACCCAGAACUGCAGUCUCGCUGACAUGUCGGCUUUCUCGAGUUUUGUUGCCCCUCCACUUCCUCCACUUCCUGCUCCCCAAGGGUUACACGAGGUGCUUUAAUGCUUCAGCACAAUUUUCAGUCGAGACAUCCUGAAAUUCAUCACACAGGAAUUAUUGACACUGUGCUGUGAACUUCCGGGCCUGUCGGCCUCUUCCUGAGCAGCAGCAGUGUGUGACUUCCAGAACUCAUUCCUCACUCUGUGGACAAAUGGGGAAGCUAAACAGGACUUUUAACACCCACACACAGACACACACACACACACACACACACACACACACACACACACACACACAAACACAUACAGGCUUCUGACGUAAAGCCAGCCUUCUUAAAACUUCCACCUCCCUACCAUAUAACACCUCCCACAGCGGCCUUGCUCUGGACUCUGAGAUAACAGAGAGUGUACGGCCAAUGAGCAAUUACUGUUUUGAAACCAUUACUUUAACGACUUUGACUGAUCUAAACUUUAUGGCCAAAAGUAUGUAGACACCUGACCAUAAGCUUGUCGGAUGUCUAAUUUUAAACUAUGAGCAUUCUUAUUAAGUCAAAACCCCCUCUGCCCUUGCAGCUUUAACAGCCUUGACUCUUUUGGGAAGUCUUUUCACAAGAUUUUGGAGUGUCUAAGAAUUUGGACAUUGAUUUGGUCAAAAAGCAUUUGUAAGAUUUGCAAUAGACAUUCCAGUUCAUCUCAAAGGUGCUUAAUGGGGUUGUUGAGGUCAGGGCUCUGUGCAGGCCACUAGAGGUCCUUCACCAAGUUCAUCAGGUUUAAAGCAAAUAUUCAUCCUCAUCAACAAUGGCUGUAACAAACACAAACUCAGUAAUUAACAGGGGUGUCUAUACUUUUGGCCACCGUGUAGCUAAAGUUUUACUUGAUUACUCUCUGUAUACGUACGUACAGUUUCAGUGUUUAUUCUUCCACUUUUUUAAUGGCUAGUUUUGAAUAAGAUGUCCUGACCUGUAGCUUCUUAAAGGUAUCACUACUACACUUUGAACUGUUUUAAUGGAUGACGUUUUUUGUGUACACAUCUAAAAGGAACCGACUGUUUUCGUGUUUUGCUGCUGCAAACCGUUGACUUUUCAACCUACUUUUCAAGCUCAGUUCUUCUCAACACAAAGUGACUGUUCAGACACAACACAAAGUGCACUAAUCAGAAGCCUCGGUCCACAUCCAAAUCAAGUGCUGUUAAUAGUGUUAUUAAUAGUGUGUCUGUUGACUUGUGUUUUCUACUUCCGGUCCAUGUCUCCAGGUCAUCAGCACACGAGUGACAAAAAAAAUUCUGCGUGCCUUUUAAAAGAGAAAUGCUUCAGAAGUUCGGUUGCCCGAGAGUGAAAUCCAGGGUUAGAAGGUUAGGUUUACCAGUACUGUCCGGAGUUUGUGUCUUUCACACGUAGGUUUUUACACAGAUCCCACACAGGGUGGUUUUGGAGAGCUUUACAUUUACACUCGAGUUCCUCGAUCAGCCGUGUCAGUGCCACUUUGUUGAAGCGAUUUGCUUAAACUCUAUGAUAUUACAGUACUUCUAUUUACAGUAAUAGAUUAAUGAAUUAAAGGGUCGCCAUGAGCCACCAGAACAUCUUUAUUGCACCUUGGCUUAUUUUCUAUAAGUUCCUAAAGCCUUACUGAGGUCUAAAGGACCAUUCCUGUAAAAGAUGUCCUCAGUUGAUGAUAAUGGUUGAGAGAUUUGUCAAACACUUUUGUUCAAAAGCUUCUAAAGUUUCAUUUUGUUGAGAUCUGGCAACUACAAAGAUCAUCACCCUGGUUAAUAACGAUAUGGAUACUUGGCCAUAAGCUUGUUGGACAAUUCAUUCCAAACCAAGAGCAUCAAUAUGGAUUUACAUCUCCCUUCAGUGUUUUUAUGUCUAUAACAGACAUUUGGAAGGUCACGCGCUGAAUCCAAUUAAUUUCAAAGGUGUUCAGUUGGGUUUGAGGUCAGGACUCUGUGCUGGCUACUGGAGUUCUGUCACACCAAACUUAAUGAACAUGCUUUAUGCACAAAGGCACAAAAUUGGAAGCAUUUUUUAUAACGUAUGUGUUAAACCUGUAAGCAAUUGGGUUUGGCUAAAGCCCUGAACCUUUAAAAAAUGUCUUGGCCAUAUGGUGUACCGUUUGUACUGAUGUAUUGAUAUUUUUCUUCAUUGAUACAUGCUGAAUGUCACUGACCAGUUGAGGUUUUGUGAUCAAAGCUACUGCCAUUUGGGACCAACAACCUCUGUCGAAUUUACUUAAGAGUUUUUACUUUCUGUUGUGUGAAAGAGGUUUUGAGAUGUGUUCACCCGGUUGAAUAAUUUAUUGAUUGACACAUUUUGGAGCUUCCAGUAUAAAGCUCUCCAGCUGUGAGCUUCUGAGAGAGAAUUCACAGAAAUCCCACUAAAGCAAUCUAGACCAUAGAGCCUUGUAGACCACCACUGUUUUGUGAGCACAGCCCAUAGUCGGGCCCCAAAAAUAAAUUGGCUUGAGCGGGGAGCAGCUACCUUGUAAAAGCCAAACAAGCAGAUAACACAAGUUUAUUAUAACUAAUGAUAAUCAGACUCGUGUGUACAUAUGCGAGUGAGCGUUCCGUUAGUACUUAUACCGGGAUGAACUGGCUGUGAGAGUGUUAGAUCGAGUUGAAAAAAGGCCCGUAAAUGUGUUCCUACGUCGUAACAGCUUUCUGAUUUUGUUGCACUGCUUCAGCUGUUUGGUAAAGUUGUGACACUGGGUAUUUAAUUUAAUCUGUUUGUCGUCACCGAACAUCUGUUUUCACGUCUCACCUCGCUGCUUUGGUUCAGGACUUGUAGUCUUACCAGCCUUUCAACUGCCUCUCACUUAGUCAGAGAAAAUAUAAAUACACAGUAAUAACUCAUUGUGGGAAAAAUUCUUUGUAUGACAAACUAAACCAUGAGUUUUUAUUUGUAUUUUUUCCCCAAUAAAUAUAGUAAUGUGUUGAACUCA